CAGCUACAUCGUACAUCGCACACACGGCCGGUGACGCGCCGCUAGCCGCUAGCCGCCGCGCCGCGCUCCGCCAGUCGCGACUACCCACUCGCGAGACGCGCACGCAACAUUAUCCAAUCAACUUAUCAAACAAAGGAGUCAUCAUGGCUCCGACCUGUGCUACAAUAUUAGCACUCCUCUGCGCCCUGGGAGCCGCAGCCGCCACCCAGGCCCCGCACUACCUCACGGAUGAGUUCAUCAACCUCAUCAACUCUAAGCAGAGCUCGUGGCAGGCCGGCCGGAACUUCCCGCUCAGCACGCCGGUGAAGCACAUCACGACGCUGAUGGGCGCGCUGCCCGACAAGCACUUCUCCAAGCUGCAGGUCCGUGAGCAUGCCGCUGACGUCAUCGCCUCGCUGCCCGACAACUUCGACCCGCGGGACAAGUGGCCCAACUGCCCCACUCUCAACGAGGUGCGCGACCAGGGCUCGUGCGGCAGCUGCUGGGCCUUCGGCGCCGUCGAGGCCAUGACCGACCGCAUCUGCAUCUACUCGAACGGUACGAAACACUUCCACGUAUCGGCGGAGGACCUGCUCACCUGCUGCCCGAUCUGCGGGCUCGGCUGCGGCGGCGGCAUGCCCACGCUGGCCUGGGAGUACUGGAAGCACUUCGGGCUGGUGUCGGGCGGCAACUACAACUCGAGCCAGGGCUGCCGGCCCUACGCCAUCCCGCCGUGCGAGCACCACGUGCCCGGCAACCGCAUGCCGUGCAGCGGCGACACGCACACGCCCAAGUGCUACCGCACCUGCGAGGACGGCUACUCCGUGCCCUACAAGAAGGACAAGCACUACGGCAAGCACGUGUUCUCUGUACGAGGAGAAGAAGACCACAUUAGAGCCGAGAUCUUCCAGAACGGGCCGGUGGAGGGGGCCUUCACCGUGUACGCCGACCUGCUGAACUACAAGAAGGGGGUGUACACGCACACGUCGGGCGACGCGCUCGGUGGCCACGCCAUCAAGAUCCUGGGCUGGGGCGUGGAGGGCGGGCAGAAGUACUGGCUGAUCGCCAACUCCUGGAACACGGACUGGGGCGACAACGGCUUCUUCAAGAUCCUGCGUGGAGAAGACCACUGCGGCAUCGAGAGCUCCGUCGUGGCCGGAGAGCCGCUGUUCUAAUUGUAACAAACCAAAGAAUUCUUAGAUUUAUUAAUGAGUUUAUGCACUGCUAUCAUCACAUUAAAAACAAUAGUCUGUAACUUUUUUCUGUGAUUACAUGUUUGUGUCUUAUAUCGGCUAGUUAUAUUAAUGCAUGUACAUAAUCAGUGGCCUCAUUAUCUACUGAGUAAUUAACGCGUUGUUUAAUAUACGGCUACUGUUCGUUCAACUCAUAAAUCAUUAUACUUUUGUACAUACCUAAGUGAUUAAAUUACCUAAGUAAGUACCUAUAGUUUAUUGUUGUUGUAAACUUUCAAUCUUUUUAAUAAACGCAGGCCAAAAAAGUAUAACUAGUUAAA